AUGUUGUCGGCAUCCAGACGAGCGACGAGCGCCUUGUCGCGGCAGCUCCGCGUUGCCUCGAGACCCUUUUCCGUGUCGACGACGGUCCGCACCACUGAGAGACCCGCCGUCGUCGAGAAGAACGAGGCGGCGACCCCCCAGGUGGCCGACAACACCGUCCCAGCGACCAUCAGCCAAGCGCCCAACCGAGCCGUGAUCUGGUCGCGCAGCCAGAAACCCCGCGCCGAGGCCAUGACCGGCCCUCGAUUCGAGCAGACCGACUUCUCCCUCCAGCCGCAACCCUACGCAGCGAUCGAACUCAUUCACCAGGAGCCGGUGCGGUGGACCCACAAGCGCGUCGUCGCAUGUGACGGCGGCGGCGGCCCUGCCGGCCACCCUAGAAUCUUCAUCAACACGGACAAGCCGGAGAUCUGCACCUGCAACUACUGCGGUCUUCCCUUUGCCAACGAGCACCACCGCGAGCACCUCGAGUCCCUUCCCGAGACCUCUUACCCUCUGGCAUAA